AUGACACCGACUCAAGUGGCAGGAACAUGUAUCGAUAUUAAAGACUGUCAGCCUCUGUUAGAAUUGCUGCGAAGAGAAGGCAAAAAAGGGAUUGAUAUCACAAGGAAAUUCAUCUGUCAUGUGGAGGGCAAGGAUCAGACCGUUUGUUGCCCAGGCAAACCGGGAAUGACGAUGAGACAAAACUUGUACGGACCUCUGCUUCCACCUCAGUGCGGUUUCAGUAAUGUCUCCCACCUAAAGAUAAUCGGAGGGGUGCCAGCGAAACUGAACGCAUGGCCCUGGAUGGCUGCACUGGGAUUUAGAAAAACUCCAACUUCCGAAAUAAAAUGGAUGUGCGGUGGUUCUCUUAUAUCGGCGAGACACGUAUUAACCGCUGCCCAUUGCGCGGUACGCAGUGAUCUAUUCGUCAUACGUCUCGGGGAGUUGAACUUGGUCCGUGACGACGACGGGGCACAUCCAAUUGACGUUGGAAUCGACAAAAAGAUCAUUCAUCCUAAAUUCGAAGAGACGUACGGGCAUGAUAUCGCUAUCAUCCGACUCGACCGUGAGAUACAAUUCACGUUUAACGCAGAUGUGAAAACCAGCGAUGUUCUCAUGGAAGUACAAGUACCAGUAAUCACCACCGAGGCUUGCGCAAAGGCGUAUCGAGCUUCAACCAUUAAAAAUUAUAAAUCAUUGAUAUGUACAGGUGGAACAGGUGGAAAAGAUUCUUGCAAAGGUGACAGUGGUGGACCAUUAAUGUUACCGAUAAAUGGAUCGUAUUAUGAACUCGGUGUAGUAAUGGGUGGUUUUCUGUGCGCUGUGGUCGGAUAUCCGGGAUUGAGUACCAGGGUCACGACUUACCUUCAAUUUAUUAUAUCGAAUCUACAAUAA